AGUAGCUGCUGCCUUGGCAGGAACUAAUGGGGAUCCAUAAUAAACCCCAGGAAGAGUAGCUGCUGCCUUGGCAGGAACUAAUGAGGAUCCAUAAUAAACCACAGGAAGAGUAGCUGCUGCCUUGGCAGGAACUAAUGGGUAUCCAUAAUAAACCCCAGGAAGAGUAGCUGCUGCUUUGACAGGAACUAAUGGGGAUCCAUAAUAAACCCCAGGAAGAGUAGCUGCUGCCUUGGCAGGAACUAAUGGGGAUCCAUAAUAAACCCCAGGAAGAGUAGCUGCUGCCUUAGCAGAACUAAUGGGUAUCCAUAAUAAAUACAAAUACAAAACCUUAUGGUCACUCUGACAGAGCUUCAGAGUUCCUCUGUGGAGAUGGGAGAACCUUCCAGAAGGACAACCAUCUCUGCAGCACUCCACCAAUCAGGCCUUUAUGGAAGAGUAGCCAGACAGAUGCCACUCUUCAGUAAAAGGCACAUGACAGCUGCUUGAAGUAAUAAAGGCACCUAAAGGACUCUCAAGAUUCUCUGGUCUGAUGAAGCCAAGAUUGAAGUCUUGGUUCUGAAUGCCAAGUGUCACAUCUGGAGAUAACCUGGCACCAUCCUUACGGUGAAGCAUGGUGGUGGCAGCAUCAUGCUGUGGGGAUGUUUUUCAGCAGCAGGGACUGGGAGACUAGUCAGGAUCGAGGCAAAGAUGAACAGAGCAAAGUUCAGAGAGAUCUUUGAUGAAAACCUGCUCCAGAGCGCUCAGCACCUCAGACUGGGAGUUCACCUUCCAACGGGACAAUGACCUUAAGCACACAGCCAAGACAACGCAGGAGUGGCUUCGAGACAAGUCUCUGAAUGUCCCUGAGUGGCCCGGCCAAACCCGGACUUGAACCCAAAGAUACUUCAACAAUGUACUGAGUGAAGGGUCUGAAUACUUAUGUAAAUGUUAUAUUUAAGUUUUUUUAAUUUUCAAUUUUAAUAAAUUAGCAAACAUUUCUAAAAACCCGUUUUAGCUUUGAGAUGUCAUUAUGGGGUAUUGUGUGUAGAUUGGUGAGGGGUGGGGGCAAUUUAAUUCAUUUUAUAAUAAGGCUGUAAUGUAACAAAAUGUGAAAAAAGUGAAGGGGUCUGAAUACUUUCCGGAUGAACUGUAUAUUGAAUAUUUGAAUGUGUGUUGACUGUACAGCUGUUGUCUUAUAAUCAAUAGUCUGUUAAAUAUAGCAAAAACUUUUUUUUCGUUUUCAAUGUUAUUUAAAAAUGAAUACAAUAUUUUGAUACUGUUUCAUGAUGACAUUACUGCUUCACACACACACACACACACACACACACACACACACACACACACACACACACACACACACACACACACACACACACACACACACACACAAAAGGAGACAGGUGAGCAUGAAUGAAAGGAGGGAGGACGGGAGAGUUUUGAUUGUAUUGUUGUUAAGGGCGCUGCUGGUGAGCCGCGAACCGUCGGUCGUUGGAGUGACAGCGACAUGAUCUGGUCAGAGCCGGUAAGAACGUAAACAGUCCGCUGCUACCUAACGAAACAUACAACACGUCAAAGCAACAGCUGAAGUAGCCCAGACGACCGCAUAGCCUGCUGUAUAAGACGGAUAAAUGUAGGCUAUAUUUAAAAAAAUAUAUUUAAAAAAUCAACGUAGCGUGUUUCUCUCACAGAAAGAAAGUUCGCAUCUCUCUUUCCAGAUGAUGCUGAUGCAAGAGCAUCUCCUAACCUCUUUGGUGGGUUAGAUAGGAGGUCCAGUCGGACCCAUUUCACGGCGACACCAGCUUUAUUCUGUCCACCAUUAACAACGGACGGGGCUGUCAGAACAGAACGAAUGAGCAAAUAGCGGACAGGCUCACCAUGAAACAGGGUGGUCUCGUGGACGACACGGAGGAUGUGGAGUUGGAUUUCAGUACCGAGGAGGAGGAACAGCGAGCGCUCAGGGGGGUAAAGAUCCGACACCCCCUCGCCUCCUUCCUGCACCUGUUCUUCCGAGUGGCUGCCAUAGUAACCUACCUGCUCUGUGAUUGGUUCACCAAGAGCUUUACUUCCUGCUUCAUUAUGAUCAUCACUCUGCUGUCCUGUGACUUCUGGUCCGUUAAGAAUGUGACAGGCAGGUUGUUGGUGGGUCUGCGAUGGUGGAACCAGAUCGAUGAGGAUGGGAGGAGCCUCUGGGUGUUUGAGGACAGCAAGUCUUCUCCCCAGGCCGGUGGUACGGAGGUGGAGGCCAGGAUCUUUUGGUCGGGUCUGAUCAUCUGUCCUCUCAUCUGGACCGGCUUCUUCUUCACGACCCUGUUCUGUCUGAACACAGACUGGCUGGUGUUGGUGGUAGCCAGUAUCUCUCUCCAGGGGGCUAAUCUCUAUGGUUACCUGCGCUGCAAGAACGGCGGACAGGAAGUCCCACCCACAUCCCCUUCCUCCUUCCUGCAGGGACAGCACUUCCUCCAGCGGCCUGAUAUCAUCUCCAGAAUGCUGUGAUGGAAUAGGAAUCACCUGCAGCUGCCUUCUCUGAGUAUGUGUAUGUAUGUGUGUGUGUGUGUGUGUGUGUGUGUGUGGGUGUUCCCGUGUGUGCGUGCGUGCAUGUGUGUGUGUGUGCGUGUGCGUGCGUGCGUGCGUGUAUGUGUGUGUGUGUGCGUGCGUGCGCGCGCGCGUGCGUGCGUGUCUGUGUGUGUGUGUGUGUGUGUGUGUGUGUGUGUCUCACCGUGUGUGUAGCACAGUUUGCAGCAUGUUCAUAGUCUGUGGGUUGAUACCUCUGUGUGUGUGUGUGUGUGUGUGUGUGUGUGUGUGUGUGUGUGUGUGUGUGUGUGUGUGUGUGUGUGUGUGUCUGUGUCUGUGUGUGUGUGUGUGUGUGUGUGUGUCUGUAUGUGUGUGUGUGUGUGUGUGUGUGUGACAGACAGAGCAGGAAAUGUUCUGGAACUCAGAAGGGGACAGAAGCCCAUCAACAUCAAAGCUCCUGUAAUUACAUCAGUUUCAUAUUCAGCAUUUUAAUUAUUUUGAUUUAAUUUUAUAUUUCUAUGAAUAUAUAUAUAUAUAUAUAUAUACAGUAUUUAUUUUUUAUUUUUUACUUCUGACGAUGUUAUAAUCUGUUUCCUGUCUGUCUGACGCCUUAUAGAACAAACACACCUUUCUGUUUCCUGUCUGAUGUCUAAAUAAAACAAACACACCUUUCUGUUUCCUGUCUGAUGGCUAAUAAAACAAACACACCUUUCUGUUUCCUGUCUGAUGGCUAAUAAAACAAACACACCUUUCUGUUUCCUGUCUGUCUGAUGGCUAAUAAAACAAACACACCUUUCUGUUUCCUGUCUGAUGGCUAAUAAAACAAACACACCUUUCUGUUUCCUGUCUGAUGGCUAAUAAAACAAACACACCUUUCUGUUUCCUGUCUGUCUGACGCCUUAUAGAACAAACACACCUUUCUGUUUCCUGUCUGUCUGAUGUCUAAUAAAACAAACACACCUUUC